GUCGUGCCAGAGUCACACGUUGUCUUCCUCGACCGAGAGCCAGGUGUAUGUACAGAGACACAAUGUUACGUUGUCGCUAUCCCAAGACAGUCAACAAACACCAUGACUUCUUGCGACGGGUCAGCACACAUGGCGCUCAUCUAGUAUGAUACACGCUUCUCAGUUCUUGUCCAAAACUAGACAUUAGUAAUAAGCCUUCUCCUCCUCUAUACUGAGGUACUGCUGGCGCUGGGCCACCUCUUCCUUCGACGCCCAGGCAGCCCACGCCCCACCGUCAUUUGGAGGAGCCUCUACAAGUGCCUUGCUGGCUGCGUCCAUCUCCGCGAUCGUGCUGGUACAGACACCACGAGUGCCUUUUCUAAUUAUCAUCACCCCACCCUUCCUUCAAAUUCCCAACCUGUGUACAAAAGUCUACUAUGGAACACAACACAACCGAGGAGGAGCAGCAGGAUUAUACUCGGUUUGUCAAACAGAUCCCCGUCGAGCAGUACAAUGACCCCGCUUUCCUGAAUAGAAGCCCCGACGAUGAGCAGCCAAGUUUGGGGGGACACGGCACUUUGGAGAUUUUAGAAGUUACACAGAUACUGCAUGGAGCUGGCAUUACCUGUUGUCUGGUUGGUAUUUCCGCUCUGAUCUACUAUGGCGCCGGGAGAGGACGCAGGGACUGGGAGGUGUGUGUGCCCACAGAGAAGCUUAGAGAAGCGUCUGCACUUCUAGAUUCAGUCAACACUUACGAAACCUAUCCGCCUCGCCCCCCCCCCCCGACCUGUGUCGUACGCAAAGCAAUGUGCUUUACCUUGAUCCCCUCAGAUGACGCGCAUAUUGAUUGCAUACCCCCCAAUAUUGAGUUUAGCCAAAUGGGCCUCCCGUACCCGACCCUAGAGAUAUUCGCACAGAGUCUUCUCGACACCAACGAUAUGGUGGCGCUCACAGACCUUAUAGACGGCAUGGAUCUAACCGAACAAUGGGGUUUAGAGCAUCUGAAACUCGACGCCGAAAAUGAUUUAGCAUGGACGCGGCGAAAAAAUGAGAAGAUUCGAGCUUCGGUUCCACUUUCCCCAGACUCGUGUCUCUUGGAACUUGGAACCAAUACCAUCAACCUAAAAGAGACCUGGAAUGCCACUGUCCGAACCAAAGAGCGUCGGAUCGGGGCGGAAUUCGCAGAGGGAUAUUGGGCCACGCGGUUCCGUGGUCGAGGAUCUGCAGAUCCGCGGUCUACAGAGAGGUACCACGCAUAAGGCGCGGACGCUGCGAGGAUACCCGCCUAGCAUGACUUACAGUAAUUUACAUGAGCUGGUGUUUUUGUACUCGAUGACAUAAGCUCGCCAGAACCAGCGUCACUCGGCGCGUACCCCUGGUCGAUAUAGUCUCCAAAGCUCGGAGACAUCUCUUUGUAUCUUUAGCUACACUGCAGAAUCUCCGAGCUGUAGAAGAAUACACCUCAGUAUGUUCUGAAAGGGGCGUAAAGCUGUUCCGAUGUUAAUGUGUUCUGUAAGACAUGAUCAACAGCACGAAAUGCGCAC